GGCCCGGCACGAGCCCCCGCCCCCCGCACACGGGCCUCGCCGCCUCUGGCUUCGCUCCCCGCCCGCCUGCACCAUGAAGUGGAUGUUCAAGGAGGACCACGCGCUGGAGCACAGAUGUGUCGAGUCCGCAAAAAUCCGAGCCAAAUACCCCGACCGUGUCCCGGUCAUAGUGGAGAAGGUCUCAGGAUCUCAGAUUGUUGAUAUUGACAAGAGGAAGUACUUAGUUCCAUCUGACAUCACCGUGGCCCAGUUCAUGUGGAUCAUCAGGAAGAGGAUUCAACUGCCAUCUGAGAAGGCAAUAUUCCUCUUUGUAGACAAGACUGUCCCACAAUCCAGCUUAACUAUGGGACAACUUUAUGAGAAGGAAAAGGAUGAGGAUGGAUUCUUGUAUGUUGCCUACAGUGGAGAGAACACAUUUGGUUUCUGAAUGGUGGGUCUUGGCUACUGUACCACCUUGCUGUGUAUCUUGUAAAUAGCUGAUCGUUUUCUGUUCUGACAUCCUCAGAAGUUCCUUCUAUAUACAUGCAUUUGUAACUGGAUUUAUUUCUUAAUAUAUUGCUAGGUCUUGUUUUAUUAGACUGUUAAAUUAUAAAAACAAAGUUUUGUUAGUUUUGUGCAUUUUUUUUUCUCACGGCUAUGAAUUCCCAGAGCCUCAGUUCUUUGGGGGGGAUACAUUUGAUGACACGGAUUAAAUAAUAAAGCAAAGUAGUUGGGCUACUAAAACAUGAAGAGAAGAACACACAUUUAUUCUGAGAUGUCAGUUUAAGAAAAAUAAAAAUAAUAAAUUAGUAUUGGAAACACCGGAUUUGCUAGCUUAUCCAAAGCCAGGAGGAAGAUGCUGAUCGUGUUGAAUUGAGCUGGUAUGUUCCUUUCUCAAUUAACAAACAAGUACAAUAAAAUUUCCUGUCACAAA